UCAGAAUGGUAUUUUGGUCCACAUAUUUUAAUAAAAACAGUUCAUUUUCUCUGCAAGCAUAAUGCUGCUUUCUAGCACAGCUUGCUACUAAGCAAGACUUCCUGUACCUGCAAAUCUCACAUUUAUUGGUGGCUACUGCCAUCUACUGACAUCAGUUAGUAUUGAAAUAGCUGACAGAGGGACAAAUGAUUAUGCAGUUAAUUUGUUUUAGUCUGCAAAUUCUUAUAUCACUGAAAAAAACAACAUAUUGUGGGAAGGUCCAAAAUAAUAUCAACAAAACCAACCACAGACAUCACCAUGCCUCCAGAACAUAUCCAGGGCUUCACAUGUACAAUUAUUGAUGUACUGUAUAAGUUUGGUGCAGUAGUUUUAAAGUUUUGUAAAUUGAAUACCUUAUCUGUCAUGCUGCCAACACAUCUGUGUUUUAAAUGUGUGUAUGUGCGUGUAUGUGUGUCUGCAUGUGUGCGUGUGUGUGUGUGUGUGUAUUUUUCAGGUGUUCUGAGCCAGAGGGGAUGGGGAGUGACUUACACCCCUGAGAGAAUCUGUGCCUUAAAGGGGUCUUCAGUAAACAUGAGCUGCACUUACUCAUAUCCCCCAUCUCACACAGUGCAGAAAACAUUCUGGGUUAUUUAUGACUGGAAUAGUAAACAGGAGGGUGAAGACCUGUCCAAGGACUCAGAGUACUCUCACCGUGUGGAGUACCUGGGGAAUAAGAACAGUGACUGCACCUUUAGAAUAAACCAGCUGAGAGAAACUGAUUCAGGAACAUACCGCUUCAGGUUCCUGACUGACCAUGUUAAUAGAAAGUAUACCAGCCAACUUGGUGUCACAUUGGAAGUUACAGAUCUACAGGUGAUGGUGAAUCCUGACACAGUGACAGAGGGACAGAGUGUGAGACUGAUCUGUAGCACCACCUGCACUCUGACUGGCAGCCCAGCCUUCAUCUGGUACAGGGACGGAUCUCCUCUGUCCUUCACUGAUCAGAGUCACCAGUUCACAGCCAGCAGUGAAGACCGAGGCAGCUACACCUGUGCUGUGAAAGGCUAUGAGCUUCAUUCCCCUGCAGUGGCUCUAAAUGUGAUUUAUCGUCCCAAGAGCAUCUCAGUAUCAGUGAGCCCCUCUGGUGAAAUAGUGGAGGGCAGUUCAGUGACUCUGAUCUGUAGCAGCGAUGGCAACCCACCGGUGCAGAGAUACACCUGGUAUAAGAAUAAUAGAGCUGUAUCCCCAUGGGGAGGAUCAGACCGGAGUUAUACCAUUAAAACCAUCACACUGCUGGAUGCAGGAGUAUACUACUGUGAGGCACGGAAUGUUAUUGGGGCAGAACGAUCUCCUCCUAAACAUCUUGAUGUGCAGUAUCCUCCGAAGAGCGUCUCAGUAUCAGUGACCCCCUCUGGUGAAAUAGUGGAGGGCAGUUCAGUGACUCUGACCUGCAGCAGUGAUGCCAACCCACCAGUGCAGAGACACACCUGGUAUAAGAAUAAUGGAAAUGAACUCUCGUGGAAAGAAUCCAGUUACACCAUUAAAAGCAUCACACUGCAGGAUGCAGGAGAAUACUACUGUGAGGCUGAGAAUGCGAUUGGGACAAAAAGAUCUCAAAUAACUCUCAAAGUGCUGUGUGAGUAAUUCUGUACUGUCAUUUAGAAUGGCUUGGAUGGGCAGCAUCUUCAGUGAAAAUAGCCUAUGCAUAUAUUUCUGAAUGCUGCAGCCUGUUUGUUAAGCUAUAAAGGAGAUGAACAUACAGUUUGAUGUACUGCUGGGUGAUAUCAUUAAAU